AUGCUAAUUCUCUCUCUUUCUCUCCAUCACCAUCCAGCCUGUGGUCGUGGAUUCUACAAGUCUUCAUCUCAGGAUCUUCAGUGUUCCCGUUGUCCGGCACACAGUUAUAAUGACAGAGAGGGCUCAUGGAGAUGUGACUGCGAAGACGGCUACUACAGAGCCCUCUCUGACCCCGCAUCUGUCGCCUGCACUAGGCCACCAUCAGCUCCUCAGAACAUGCUUUACAACAUCAACCACACCACCGUCAGCCUAGAGUGGACCCCUCCAGCUGACACCGGUGGCCGUAAUGACGUGACAUACCGGAUUAUAUGCCGCCGCUGCACCUGGGAGCCGGAAGAGUGCUUUCCUUGCGGGAGCAAUGUUGGCUACUCGCCACAGCAGAGUGGAUUAACGGACACCUACGUCACCAUCACCGACCUGUUAGCGCACGCCAACUACACCUUUGAGGUCGAGGCCGUGAACGGCGUGUCCGACCUCAGCCGUACCCAGCGACUGUUUGCGGCCGUCAGCAUCGCAACCAGCCAAGCAGGUAAGAGGUUUAGACUUCGGUGACUAUUUGGCUUGACA